CUGGUUCUGGUCCUGUGGAGGAGUCCUGGUCCAGAUGCUCCCUAAAGUGUUGCUGCUGCUGCUGGUAAAACUACUCCACUGAUCAGGUCCCUGUAAUGCAGACCUGAGACCCUGACCAGGCAGUUUAAUGUUCUGGGGUCAUCAAUGGGUCAUGAGUGGUGUCGGUGGAAAGAAGAACCUCCUGGAACUCCUCAGCAAGCAGUUAGAAGUGAAGCAGGAAUCCAGACCACAAGUUGUUCUCCUGAAGCUGCUGGAUGUGAAAGUUUUCCUUCUACUGUUCCAGACUGAAGGUGAAGCAGCAGGAUGGAGGUGUUUGUUCCUUUAGUCUUUUACUGCUCAUGAAUCCACUUCCUGUUCUUGUGAAUCUUGAGAGACCUAGCUGGUAUUUGUGGUUUCUUCUGCAUGACAUCAUCACCCAGUAAAAGAGGAAGUGAAGAACACUUCUGUCUAUCAGAGGCUGCAGCUUUCAGUUCAUUCCGUCUGGCUUCUGGAUCUGAUCAUGGGUCUCCUGUGGAUGGUCCUGCUGGUGGUUCUGGUCGGUGCAGAGCCCCAGAACCUGACGGAGGUGAAAGGGAUGCUGGGUAAAGACGUCACUCUGAACUGCUCCAUCAGGAAUACUGAGAUCUACUGGUCCCUGGAGAUUCAUAACCACUUAAAAGUGUGUAUCGGACGAACUUAUCAUGAUGAUGUACCCAGUUUCUGCUCUGAUGAUUUUGAAACCAAAUAUUUAAUGUUGGACAACAGACUAGUGAUUAAAAACAUGACAUCAGAGGACCAAAAACUUUACUUGUGUGGCAGGAAGAUCAGUGGUGACGUUUGUUUUUUGGACAUUUUCCGCCUCGUCUCAGAUUCAUCUACUGACUCAGACCAGAAGGACCGGAUGAACUGUGAGAACCUUGGCUUACUGCAGAGUAAAGAGGUCGUAAUCAUCUCACUGAGCCUCAACGCUAUCCUCGGUUUGGUCGUAGUAGGUCUCAGCUGUUUCUUGUUGUCUUUGAAGAGGAAAAACAACAAACAGCAGGAAGACGAUCCUGAAAGUUUCACCUGUGAGAACCCAGAGCCUGCACAGUACGAGGAGAUCCGGUUUCCUACCAGUAGAGUUGCUGCUGCUGAUGCUCCAGAUGGAGUAUACUACAAAGUUCAGCUUCCUCACUGCUGACAGACACACCCGGGCACACCCGGACACACCUGGACACACCUGGACACACCUGGACACCUGAACCACACCUGGACACCUGGAUUAUACCUGGACACACCUGGACAGGUAGACCAUACCUGGACACACCUGGACCAUACCUGGACCACACCUGGACACACCUGGACCACACCUGGACACACCCAGACACCUGGACCAUUCCUGGACCAUACUUGGACACCUGGACCGCACCUGGACAUUGAGAUUAUACCUGGACAGGUGGACCAUACCUGGACAUCUGGACCAUACCUGGACAUUUAAAUGAUACCUGGACAGGUAGAUGAUACCUGGACAUUUAGAUGAUACCUGGACAUUUAGAUGAUACCUGGACAGGUAGAUGAUACCUGGACAGUUGGACUUGUCAGGGACUUGUGGUCUCAUUAUGUAAUAUAAACUGAUGCUAAACUGUGAAUCUUCUUAUUUUAAGUCUCCAUUAGAUGUGAAACUGUCUAUUAAACUAAUCUUCAGGUAAACUUGGUAUUAAACCAAUAUUCAGGUAAACUUGGUAUUAAACUAAUAUUCAGGUAAACAGUGAAGUCGUCUGUAUAUAAAAUGAGACUAAACUCUGGAAGCUGAAAGAUGUUGUGGUUGAUGCAGCAGCAGGUUCAGCUGCUCUGAGGGAGGAGGAACCACAAGCUCAGCUGAAGGCUUCAAAGACCAGAAGUUCCUCAGACAUCUGCUGCGGUGUUUCCACUGAAAGAACUGGAACUAAAUCAGGUUUAAUCUCUGAUCUUGACCUGGAUCUGAGAGUUGGUCUCCUCUUGUGGUUUUCUGGUCUUUGGAUCCCAGUAAAGCAGCUGCACUGAGUUCCUUUAAUUCUCAGUUACAGACAAACUUCAGACACUUUAGAAAUGCCAUUUUUAACCACAAACGGUUCAUGCAGAAGACAAGCUGAGCGUCUGAAAACCACUUCCUGUUUCAGGCUGAAGGUAGCGGUGUGUUGGCUGGUAAACAGAAAAAUAGCUGGUUGACCCUGAACCUACUUUAACUUUAUUCAUUUGUUUAUACUGUAAAUCACUUUAUCCUCACUUUAAUUGAGUUAAAGUCCUGAAACGAGCCAGAGACGUUUCCUUGUUUGUGUCUUUAUCAGUUGAGUCAUUAGUUGGUGAUUCAGCAGGUUUCUAACGUCGUCAUGCUUCUGGUUUUCAGCUCAGAGGUCAGAAAUGAACUAAAACUGGAGGAAAUAAACACGAUGAACGAAGAGAAACUGACCAGACUGUUGGUCACAUGAACUCAGGAUGACAGUCACAAGAUCAGAUGACAAAACACCAACAGUCCAGUUAGGCACCAGAACCAGGAGAAUCCAGAUAAUACUUAAUUUGAAUGAUAUUUAUUAUAAAUAAUGUUGAAUAGAAAUAAUAUUUAGUAGAAAUACUGAUAUAAAUACUGAGAUAACUGAGAACAAAGAACCAACAGAGAAACAUCACCUCAGAUUAAAACGAUCCUAAACUGUUGGACAUCACAGUAAUCAGAUUACCUUUAAAUAGAGUAUUUAUUAGUUUACCAUGACACCGCCACCUCAGUGCUUCACUGUCAGGACUAUGCAUCCACUGUGGUAGUCCUGGUCAGGUUCUCACCAAACAUCUGGACUCCAUCUGAGCCCAACUCAUUGAUCUUUAUCUGACCAAAGAAUGUUCUCCAGCAUCCAUCAGGCUUCUUCUCAUGUUCUUCAGCAAACUUUCAUCUGGAAGCCCUGAUUAGUGGUACUAUGACUCCUCCUAGACCUCCUGAUUACUGGUACUAUUCCUCCUGAUUAGUGGUACUAUGACUCCACCUAGACCUCCUGAUUAAUGGUACUAUGACUCCUGAUUAGUGGUACUAUGACUCCUC